AUGUCCGACCGGAUAGCAGCUUUGAGUCGGGCGAUCUGCUCGUCGCCCACGUUCACAUGUUCGAUACGUGGGAUAGACAGAGUAACCGACCAAUCAACCUUUUUAACGUCUGGUGUGCGGCUUCAGGCAUGCAGUGACCGAUCUUUUGACUGGCCCAGUUUAAAGGAACCAAUGACACCUACCACAAUGAAUCGGAAAUUUAAUCAACCCGGAAAGACAGGACAGAACCCUGUGUUGAAGAAGAUCAAUGUUUUCUGGAUGAUGGCCCAAAAAUUGACUUACAACGCAGCUCCACCAGACACAACUUCCGGAAAACCUUAUGUAGUCUUUUCUGGUCAUCAAAUUUUAUUGCCUUUCGAAGCAAUUAUACCCUAUGGUGGUCUGGCUGCCCAAUAA